AUGGGGCGCCUGGAGCUGGUCGUUUUGAGCCUCACCUGCUGCUUAGCAGUAAUGAGCGCUGCGAAGCUGGGUGCAGUGUACACAGAAGGAGGCUUCGUGGAAGGCGUCAACAAGAAACUGGGUCUCUUUGGCGACUAUGUCGACAUCUUCAAGGGCAUCCCCUUCGCCGCUCCCCCCAAGGCCCUGGAGAACCCCCAGCGACACCCCGGCUGGCAAGGGACCCUGAAGGCCAAGGACUUCAAGAAGCGAUGCCUGCAGGCCACCAUCACUCAGGACAACACCUACGGAGAAGAGGACUGUCUCUACCUCAACAUCUGGGUCCCCCAGGGCAAGAAGGAAGUCUCCCGAAACCUGCCCGUCAUGAUCUGGAUCUAUGGAGGUGCCUUCCUCAUGGGGGCCGGCCACGGGGCCAACUUCCUCAACAAUUACCUGUACGACGGCGAGGAGAUCGCCACGCGGGGCAACGUCAUCGUGGUCACCUUCAACUACCGCGUCGGGCCCCUGGGCUUCCUCAGCACCGGGGACCCCAACCUGCCAGGUAACUACGGCCUCCGGGAUCAGCACAUGGCCAUUGCGUGGGUGAAGAGGAACAUUGCGGCCUUCGGAGGGGACCCUAACAACAUCACCAUCUUUGGGGAAUCAGCUGGAGGUGCCAGCGUCUCUCUGCAGAUCCUGUCUCCCUACAACAAGGGCCUCAUCCGGCGAGCCAUCAGCCAAAGCGGCGUGGCGCUGACCCCCUGGGCCAUCCAGAAGAAUCCGCUCUUCUGGGCCAAAAGGAUUGCCAAGAAGGUGGGCUGCCCGAUGGACGACACUGCCAGGAUGGCCAAGUGUCUGAAGGUCACUGACCCCCGCGCCCUGACGCUGGCCUAUAAGAUGCCCCUGGCAGGCAUGGAGUAUCCCAUGCUGCACUAUUUGGGCUACAUCCCUGUCGUCGAUGGAGACUUCAUCCCUGAUGACCCCGUCAACCUGUUCGCUAACGCCGCCGACAUCGACUACAUCGCUGGCACCAACAACAUGGAUGGCCACAUCUUCGCCAGCAUUGACGUGCCAGCCAUCAACAAGGACAAGAAGAUUGUCACGGAUGAGGACUUCUUCAAGCUGGUCAGCGGACUCACCAUCACCAAGGGGGCCAGAGGUGCCAACAGCACCUUUGACAUGUACACUGCGCCCUGGGCCAAAGACGCAUCCCAGGAGGCCAAGAAGAAAACCGUGGUAGACUUCGAGACUGACAUCCUCUUCCUGGUGCCCACGGAGAUCACCCUGGCCCAGCACAGAGCCAACGCCAAGAGUGCCAAGACCUACACCUACCUGUUCUCCCAUCCCUCUCGGAUGCCUGUCUACCCCAGCUGGGUGGGGGCCGACCACGCCGAUGACAUCCAGUACGUCUUUGGGAAACCCUUCGCCACCCCCCUGGGCUACCGGGCACAGGACAGGACUGUCUCCAAGACUAUGAUCGCCUAUUGGACCAACUUCGCCAGAACUGGGGACCCCAACAUAGGCCAAUCAGCCGUGCCCACGCAAUGGUAUCCCUACACCCCGGAAAGCGGCUACUACCUGGAGAUCAACAAGAAGGUGGAUGGCAGUUCCAUGAAACAACACCUGAGGACCGACUACCUGCGCUACUGGACCCUGACCUACCAGGCACUGCCCACAGUGACCGGACAGGGGGCCGCACCCGUGCCCCCCACAGAUGACUCUGAGGUCGCCCCUGUGCCCCCCACAGAUGACUCUGAGGUCGCCCCUGUGCCCCCCACAGAUGACUCUGAGGUUGCCCCUGUGCCACCCACAGAUGACUCUGAGGCCGCUCCCGUGCCCCCCACGGGUGACUCUGAGGGGGCUCAGAUGCCCGUAGCCAUCGGCUUCUAA